ACAAUUUUUUUUGAAGUUGCAUCUCGCUUUUCUCCCAUCAAAACUUUCAAUCCGCCGUGUGUUGUGUUUCAGAUAAUUCGGAAAAAUUGCAUUUUUAACUAAAAGUUUAAAGUGCUUUCGUAUAAAAGCGUAUCGUUGGUGCUUUCACCGUUCGGUGUCGUCGACGGUUCGGUGGUACUGACUGUGAAUCCAUAGGAAAACCAGGUUGCAUUCUUGCCGCUGCUCCUCCCGCUAGGCCAGCCUCUUGCAAGAAGCAGCCCAGCCCGGUCCAGAGGAUGUGGGACUCAUCCGUGUUUCUCAGCACACUAACACCGAAGUUCUAUGUGGCCCUCACCGGCACUUCCAGUUUGAUCAGCGGUCUGAUUCUGAUCUUUGAAUGGUGGUACUUCCGCAAGUAUGGAACAUCUUUCAUCGAACAAGUGUCCAUCAAUCAUAUCAGUCCAUGGAUCGGCGGUGGGGAGACCACCGCGGAAAGUGUUACCAACAACAGCACCCCGACCACGCAAAACAUGCCGGAAUGUAAGGUUUGGCGUAAUCCGUUGAAUCUGCUGCGGGGUGCCGAGUAUCAGCGGUUUUACUGGGCCACUCAGAAGGAACCGCUUACCUUCUACGAUAUGAACCUCUCGGCACAGGAUCAUCAGACGUUCUUCACUUGUGAAGGUGACGCCGGAAAAGCUGAAUACGAAAUAAUGCAAACGGCAUGGCGCGAAAGGAACCCGGUGGUCCGCAUCAAAGCCGCCAACAAUGCGAUCGAAAUCAACGCAAACUGUGCACCGGCGUACAUUUUGCUAGCGGAAGAGGAAGCCACCACCAUUCUGGAAGCGGAGCGGAUCCUCCGGACGGCACUGAAAGUGGCGGAGGCCAACUACAAAAAAUCUCAAGCCGUGCAGCAUCAGGGUCCUAUCAUGGAGGGAAUAUUCCGGAGAGAUACGAACGUGCUAAUUUAUAUCAAGCGACGGCUGGCCAUGUGUGCCCGGAAGUUAGGUAAGUUAAAAGAAGCGGUGAAGAUGUUCCGAGAUCUGACGAAAGAAAUUCCGCCGAUCAUGAACGUGCUGAAUAUUCAUGAGAAUUUGUUGGAAGCGCUGCUAGAAAUGCAAGCGUAUGCGGACUGCCAAGCAGUGCUGGCCAAGUACGACGACAUUUCACUGCCGAAAUCGGCGACAAUCUGCUAUACGGCAGCCCUGCUCAAGGCUCGUGUCGUGGCGGAGAAAUUCUCACCGGACAUAGCUUCCAAGCGCGGGUUAACUGCGGCUGAGAUGAGUGCCGUGGAAGCCAUUCACCGUGCAGUUGAGUUCAACCCUCACGUUCCGAAGUAUCUGCUGGAGAUGAAGCAACUGAUUCUACCUCCGGAGCACAUCCUGAAACGUGGAGAUUCGGAAGCCCUGGCAUACGCUUUCUUCCAUCUGCAGCACUGGAAGAACGUCGAAGGUGCGCUCAAUCUUCUGCAUUGCACCUGGGAGGGAACCUUCCGGAUGCUCCCAUACCCCUUGGAACGCGGUCACCUAUUCUACCCGUAUCCAACUUGCACGGAGUGCGCCGAUCGCGAACUGCUGCCCACAUUUCACGAAGUGUCCGUCUAUCCCAAGAAGGAACUUCCCUUUUUCAUCCUCUUCACGGCCGGUCUCUGCUCGAUAACCGCCCUAUUGGCUCUGCUCACCCAUCAGUAUCCGGAGUCGAUGGGCAUCUUUGCCAGCACCACGCUGAACUGGUUCUCGUUGCCAUUUCACUUUGUCAAGGAGCGUCUGGAAACGAUCUGGCCGUGUAACCUGCUGCAGCAUUUAUCGCGGAUUUAAACUAACACUAUGUGCAUGCGGACUCGCUAAUAUCCCCAUUGUCGAGGUAAUGUUCUAUAGAAUAUAGGGUAGAAGCUAUUUAGCGCGUAGGUAGGAAUCUACCAUCAGUGUAGUGGAUUAAAAUGGGCAAAAACAGGAUUUUUUUUCGGAAAUUGCCAAUGUGAAACGAUGUUGCAUACGGUAUUCUUAAGAUAAUAGUGUCAAAGUCGUGAUUUUCAAUGCUCUAUCGUGCGCCACUUUAUAUUGUGUAUUAAUUUUUUCAACUCAGCUCUGUCCCACAGUAGGUACAUUUUCUCGUACAUUUCUUAAACAAUUUCAGCCGGUAUUGUAUCAUCCUUAACUUUUACUGUUCUAAAAACUAUUGACAAUUGAGAAAAGCAACUUUACAUACCACUUGCAUGUAACAUCGUUUCAAACCAGCGACUUCCGAACCUUAUGGUUCCUUGUAUCGUUUUUAUCCACUGUGCAAACGCUUUGGAUCGCCAUUGUUUGUUUGACUCUUUCUCUUCUUUUGAACACGUGCAGCAAAAAGCUCUCUUCGUCCUUUCGUCGGCGGACCACGAUUGUGGAUAUAUUUUCUGGGCUUCUUCGGGAGGACGGAUUUCUCUAGGUACUGUUAUCAGUACCAUUAGGUUCGUGUUUCAUUUUGCUGCCUUCUUUGAAUGCCGAAGAACUUCCGAUAAUGGAAGCAUUAGAACAUUGCAACCUGCUUUUAAAUUAUUCCUAUCAAUACAUAUAUCUUAAGUACCUAACCCCUGCACCACGGUACGCGCACUCCCAAGGCGAGAAAGCACAAAUCGCAGAAAGUACUAUAAUGCCACUUAAUAAUUGUAGAGUAUGAAAAUUUAAGAAGAAAAAAAACAUCAACCAAUGCAAAGUAUAGAAAUUAUCGUAAAACAAUCGUCUGCCCCUUUUAUGUGUAGUUGUGACAGAUUUGCCGUUUUUUUGUGAGAAUUAUAUAUAUAUUAAUGAAGCAACAUAAAAUAUAGCAGCAUCAAAAAUGAAA